AUGUAUACCAGUUUGCAGGCGCCACAGACGGCCACGAUUGGUAGAUCACUACUUCCGCACUGUGUGAUUGAUGGCAAUCUGGCGCCUUUGCAUGGCAUUCGCGUCAUCCGGCCACGGCUCAGGGUUAAGAUGUGCUGGACAAGUUGGAACGAGGGGCAUGUGCUGCCGCGGUUCCCCCUCAGCUGCGAAUGCUUUUUCAAGUGA